ACGCUUUAACUGGCCUUCUCUGACCCCGAUCGAUCUUUUCGAAAACGCUAAUCCCAGAAAAACCUCGACGUACGCCAGCAAACAAGACCUGCCGGCGCCGGGAGAUUAGCCAUGAGCGCCGCCACCACCUACCUUGCGUGGCAGCAGAUGCGACGAUCGCGUGAAGCCAGGGUGGUGGUCGGUGUCCCACGCACCGAGCCGUUGCAGAUGCGACGGGAGGGUGAAACCUGGGUGGCGAUCGGUGUCCCGCUCCUCGAGCCCUGUCCCCAGUCUAAGCCUGCCCCCUGCCACAAGCCGUUGAUGAGGUGUUUCAUGAUCGCGGUGGGAAUCAUAUAUACGGUUAUGCUCUUCAUGGUGGAUGGGCCACUCUAUGCGAGGAUACUUGCCACGUGUGUGAUUUGGAUUGUGCCGAUUAGUAUCCUCAGGCUCACAUUUGAAUCCGAUGAUCAUCUCGAGGAUAUAGCUUAGUCCUGAUCUAUCACUUGGUUGUGGUGAGGAAAGGAUGAUGAUGGCAACGCGUCUUUGACUCGCUUCAGUGUUUGUAAUCGUCGCUAGCUGGUUUAUGGACCUAGAUGUGAUUUCUACUACUUUUGAUGUUCUUUAUACUACCUUAACAAUUGAAAGUUUUUAGAUGGAAUAGAUAUAAAAAAAAGUUCGAAAAAAAACUUAGUCUUGACCUGUACGUGGUGAAAUAGUAGCCUUUGCAUUUUCA